CUAUAAAAUUAGAGCGGAACUAGAGUUCAGGGAUUGGUUUUCCGCUUGGACAUUAUUUCCUGAAGCUCUGCUUCUAUGCCUUUUGUGUUUCAGCCAAAUUGUUUCCCCGGAUUGACCGGCUUGUAGAUCCUAAGUGUCAAGGCUGAGGCAAUGGGCGAUCAGACAAUUCUCAAGACUUUGCUCUACACCGUCAAUUCUCUCUUGCAGCAGCGGAGAUAUCACACCAUGCUGGCGGUGCUCAAGGGCUUCCGCAACGGAGCGGUUUAUGGAGCCAAAAUCCGUGCCCCUCAUGCUUUGGUAAUGACAUUUCUCUUCAAAAGUGGAAGCCUAAAGGAAAAAUUGAAAACAAUUCUUCAAGCUACCUAUACGCAUUCUAGAUGUCUGUCCUAUUUUGUAUUCAUUUAUAAGGGUUUGAUGGCCAUGCAAUCACAAAUGCAAGGAAAGAAGGUUCCACUUCAUUCUUUCAUUGCAGCCUUCAUUGGGGGCUGGUUAGUGUUUGGGGAAAGUAAUAAUAUUAACAGCCAGAUAAAUAUGUAUCUAUUAUCUCGUAUCCUGUUUGGCUUGUCUCGAUUGGCAGUAGAGAAGGGUUAUAUCCCACAGCCCAAACAAGAUACCUUCCCAAUUUUUGCUGCUAUGGUUUGGGGGAUCAUUCUUUGGCUUUUUGAGUAUCACCGGCACACUCUACAACCAUCACUACAAUCAUCCAUGACCUACCUAUAUGAUGACAGUAAUGUUUGGCAUGAUAUUUCUGACUUCCUGGUAUAUAAUAAAAGAUCUACUACCAAAUAAACCUGACAACUAUUUGGAUAAAAAUACAUUCCAAUGGCAGUUAAAAUUAUGUAUAUCUGAACAUCCUUUGCAAUACUGAACAUUUAUAUUAACAUUGGAUAUGAAUGUCUGCUUGAAGUCUGUCCACAAUGUUUAGUAUAGAUUGCUGAUUUCUUCUGAUUAGAGCUUGAAACGAGUAUUUUAUAAGCAAAAUAUUUUGUUCCUUUUUCUUCAAGAUACCUAGUUUCCCCUUUUAUGCUAUUAGCUGAAGAAAAUAUCCCUUCAUUGUUUUAAAAUCAAGAAAUAUGAAUUAAAUGUUAAAAUAUAAGGAUCAGAUGACACAAGUAUCACAAGUAUUUUUUGCAUCUAGGUGCAACUAUGUUAUCUACAACUUCUUCAGCAACAAAAGAAAUAACCAAAUUUUCUGCAUGAUGGAUAUCAUUUUAUAAUGAUCUUGGUCUGUAGUUAUGGUACUUGGAAGUGUUAUUGCUUAUGUUUUUUUUAUCCAUGCCUCUUUUAUCAGAGCAGAUAACAUAUCAAACCAAUUUUAAGGAUGUUUUUUUUAAUGGACUUUUUAAAUCCAGUUGCAUAAAUAUAAAACAAAAACUGGGAGUUUUAAGUACACUAUCCUACAAAAUGCUUAAAAUUUAGUAACGUUAACAAAUAGAGGAAAAUUAGGUUUUAUUUCUUGGGUUUCUAAAAUGAAAGAAGAGAGUAAAUAGUAUGGUGAACAAAGGAAGGGUGUCAAAUAAGUUAUUCUUGUUGUGAAAUCCUGUAAUAUGAUGGGGGGUGAGGCAAGAGUGUGAAUACUAAAAAACUUUUCCUUGAUUGAAGCUUUACUAGAUGGAAAAUGAUGCAAUCAUACAUAGCUAAAACUAUUAUUGCAGUUAUCAUACUCUGAUUAUACAGUCAACAGGUACAAUUCUAUUUAGCAAUCCACCAGAAGUGCCAAAUGGAGCAUUAGAUUUUAUCUCAUUCUUUUAUUAAUGAAUACAGAUGUGUAUUGUAUUUUUUGAAAUUUAUUUAUUAUUAAACAUAUAUGGUCACCUGACUCGCACACAGUGACUCUGGGCAGUGUAUAACUUUAAAAAUCCACAAUUUUUUUAUUUAAAGAAAACCACCCUAGUGCAGCAACAACAGAAUCAGACAAGCCAUUUGAUUGGCUCAGAAUGGGGUCCCCAAGCCGUCUGUCAAAACCAUAUCUUCAAGACCUCGUGGAAAAGCAUCAGGGUAGAGGCCAAUCUUAUCCCUGGAGGAAUGAUGUUCCAAAAUUUAUUAUCCAAUCAUGUGAACUGACUAAAGCUAGUCUUUCUGGGUCUUUUCCGGGCUUGUACAGAUACACAGAAAAGCAAUGUGGAUUUCUUAUUUUAAAAGAACAAAAAAUUGGACUUCUAGAUGAAAUGGAAGAUCUUGCAAAAUUCAUUUGCAUAGCGAGCAUAGAUCUUCCUAAAAUGUUAACUUAUUUUCAUAAUUUCAUUUCUCUGUAUCAUUAUGAAUACUACACUCGGUGACCUCAUGCACUGCACGCACACACACACACACAUACUACUGCU